AUGCAGCCGGGCUACGCGGCUGUCCUGUGUGGCCUGGCCGAUGUGCUGGGGCUGGAGGCUGCUGCGCCGGGCGAAUGCGAGCUCACCCGCCUGCUCCAGGACAAGCUGCAGUACGAGAUGCGUCUGCAGUACAUGAAACACUACUUCCCCAUCGGCUACACAGUCCAGGUCCAGUACGAAGAGGUGCUGAGGCCAUCCAACAUUAGCCGCCUGCGCAACGGGACAGUGUCGGAGGCGGCACUGCGGUACCUCUGGUUCCAUGUCAGCUCCCAGGCAGUGCUGCGGAUCCGCGAGGUGCUGCUGGAGAAGCACCCGUCUUGGAAGUACACCCAGGAGCUAUGCCAGCUCUUCGAUGCCCUGGGCAAGGAGUACAGCAAGUACCAGCAGGUGGGGAGACCCCGUG